AGCUGUUUGCUAACCGCAUCAAACACCAAAGAGGAAGAAGAAGAAGCCGCUCGAGCAUGCGCAGUCCAUAAGUACGACCUGAUGCUAACGUUGUGGAGUUAGCUCGAUAAUCAAGAAGGAUCUACUUUGAGUACCUGUCCAGUGUUGACACGGCAAACAGGAGUGGGUGUCUGUGUGAUUGAGCCCAUCACUUAGCGAAGAUGGAUUUCCAGCAUCGAGCUGGAGGGAAGACAGGGAGCGGUGGGGUGGCAUCAGCCUCUGAGAGUAACCGCGAUAGGAGAGAGCGGUUACGUCAGCUGGCCCUGGAGACCAUUGACAUCAACAAAGACCCCUACUUUAUGAAGAAUCAUUUAGGAUCAUACGAGUGUAAACUUUGCUUGACACUUCAUAACAACGAGGGCAGCUACUUGGCUCACACACAAGGAAAGAAACAUCAGACCAACUUAGCGCGGAGAGCAGCCAAGGAGGCUAAAGAAGCUCCUGCUCAGCCAGCUCCAGCGAAAGUUAAAGUUGAGGUCAAGAAGUUUGUCAAAAUUGGUCGACCAGGAUACAAAGUAACCAAACAGAGGGACCCAGAGACCGGACAGCAGUCCUUACUUUUCCAGAUUGACUACCCAGAGAUCGCUGAAGGCAUCGGACCCAGGCAUCGUUUCAUGUCUGCUUAUGAACAGCGCAUCGAGCCCCCUGAUCGUCGCUGGCAGUACCUGCUUUUGGCUGCUGAACCAUAUGAAACUAUUGCCUUUAAGGUCCCGAGUAGAGAAAUUGACAAAGCAGAAAACCGCUUCUGGACCCACUGGAACAGAGAAACUAAACAGUUCUUCCUUCAGUUCCACUUCAAAAUGGAGAAAGCUGUUCCCCAGUCCAGUGGUCCACCACCUCCUGCAGGUGUGAAGCGUCCUCCUCCCCUCAUGAGUGGCGUUGGACCUCGCCCACCAAGUGAUUCUAUGCCCCCUCCCCCGCCAGGAGGAAUGUCCAUCCCCCCUCUCCCACCUGGUGCCCCGGGUGCCCCCCAUAUGCCCCCUCAGAUGCCCAUGCCCCCCAUGCCAAUGAGGCCGCCUCCUCCCGAGGGCCUUACAAUGUCUAAUAAUUGAUCCCCUUCCUGCAUUUCAUGGUUGCUUUCUUUCAUGGUGUACAGUCACACUGCCCUGCCUGUCUACAAUGUCCAUCUUCCUUUAGAUAUUGCAGAUACAUUCAGUUUGACUAUUUCCAUGAUGUCUAAAGUCCACAUUUAGUAGAUUUUUAUACAUUUUUUUUUCUGGGUAAUGUGAACGCGUAGGGCAGUCCAUAUGCCCACACUGUUUUGUAUAAAUGCUUAGAUUCUGGAAAUAUGAAGCUAUGAUUGGAGAUGGCUCCAUCUUUUAAGAUGCUGUUUUGUAAUUAAAUUUUGUGGAGAAAAA